AUGCCGGAGUUCCAGAGAGAGAAUUCCCUGGGGGUUGGCGACCUUCGGGCACUGGCCUAUGAUUUGGAUAUGCAGUCUAAACAUGAUUCUCGACAAGCUAGCAUCGGUCAAGAGAUGGAGUAUGUGCCUCCUCCCACCGGUCUCUACUCUUCUAGGAGCCGGGGUCUUGUUCGCGAGAAUAGGCCUCGUCGCCAUGGGGCUGGCCGUGCCCGAUCUUCUGGCAGAUCUGCGGCUCCAUCGGCCAAUUCUGGACACAGCGUCAUGAGCGUCAUGACGACGUCCACCGCUUACACGAACCCUUCCACGCAUAGCGUUGACAGCCAGGCUGCGGCAGACCUUGGGGCCAGUGCCUCCAGUUUCUACGAAAGCUUUGACGACAACUACAGCGUCACCUUUAUGGGCGGUGGAUCAGGAAUAGAGAUUGGAAACCCACAAGCCAUCAUGCCUAGUCUUCGACGUGCUCAAACUGCGACAGGUGCUCCUCCUAGCCUUCGAAGGGCUCACACGACAGCCGGUUCCACCAAUCGGCGCGGUCUGGCUGGGAAGCGAGGCAUUCGUCCUGGCGCUGGUCCUGGUUUGCGCCGGAGUGGUACCGAUGAGAAAGUCAAUCGUCCAGGCGAGAAAGUCAAUCGUAAAGGCCCAGCCUUGCACCGUGCUUCCACGGGCGAAAUGCCCGGGAGCCCUCGGGCGGCCCCUGGUGCUCGCCCGAGAAGCCCCGUCGCUGGUUCUCGCGGGAGAAGCCCUGUCCCUGAUCUGCAAGUCAGCAACCAUGCCCCCCCAUUGAAACGCCCGGUGGUAGACAUUGGUGACUUGGAAGUGGAUCCAUUCAAUCCUCACGUCUUGCGCGGAAGUAGCGUCAGCCCUGUUCCAGAGCAUAAAAGCGGCUUUGCCAUUGAUGAUGAUAUCCCUGCUGCCCCGGCAAUGAGUACCAGGCAGACCCGGCGCAAACACCAGCAGUCUGAUUUAGCGCAAAAGUCAAAAUUGGAGCCCAAAGAUCAGGAACGCAUGCUUGGAGCAAGCUACGGAAGUAUCAACGACAAUUCGGACCAUUCCAGGAAGUCAGCUUCCAGCGUCCCUAGUACCCGAAAUCGGCACCGCAGGAUGCAAUCUGACCAGCCUCAGCUUGCUCGCUCCACAACCGUCAGCGCCGCUACUUCCAAUCGGCACCACAGGGGGAAGUCCGACCAGCCUUCGUUGUCUCGGUCUUCCACUACCGGAGGAUCAUCCGCCCCAUACCAACGGGCUAGAACGACCGACCCGCAAUUCACGAGGCGAACUACAAGCAACGAAAGCUCAAACACUACCAGUUCCGUUCCUCCUCCCCCCACGCCGCUUGCUUAUCGUGCUACCAAGGGACUCUCCAACGCAGCCCCCGCCGAAAUGACUCGAUUGGCACCCGCCGUCCUGUCAGCGAGCCACACUGGCGGAGCAAAUCGGGACAGUAACAAUGACAGCUAUCUGAGCAGCUCUGUCAUUUCUUGCCCGACCACCUUUAUGCGAUCAAGCACAAGCGAUGAAGUAGUGGCACCCCCGACGACGGCUCCUUUGGCCUAUCGCGCUACAAAGGGUCUCUCCGCUCAGCCCAAUCCAUCUCAAAUGACCCGCGUCGAGCCUCUCAAGGGAUACGGUCUCGCCCCAGGCAGCAAUCACAGUGAUCGAAGCAGUCGUAGUCGUAGUCGCAGCCCACGGCCCCUCCCAUCUAACAAACGCCAACAGCCACAGCAAUUCGAUCUUAUCGAAGAUGACGCUGACGAAGUACAGGAUACCUUUGUGCAUCACACGCAAUUGCAAAUGACCUUUGUGGGGGGCAUGCCCGGCGCCCUUGGGGGCACUCAAGACACCCCAGCAGUGGAAACCCAACCCUGCCCCACGGAUCAACAUGGCUUGGGUGGCGGUACCGAUCGAAACGAUGGGUGGCGAGAAAAGUUUGGACUUUCCGAAGUCACGGAUGAUGUCACGUUGGUUGCCAUUGCGGGGAACGGAGACCAGCAAAAUCUGAUGGAAUCCCACCGUGACGACAACCCAGCAGCGGAGUCCCGACCUGGUGCCACGGCUCAACCUGGUUUGAGUGGCGGUGCUGGUCGAAACGAUGUGCGACGAGAAAAGUUUGGACUUUCCGAACCCACAGAUAUCACGUUGGUUGCCAGUGCGGGGAAAGGAAGCAAGCAUGAUCUGAAGGAAGAAUCCCAGCAUGCCCCGAGCAAUGAACUUGAAACAACCCAACAUUCUAGUGCCUCAACUCAACCUUCUACAGCGAUGCAGGUUGGGGCGUACCGUGUAAGCCAGCCCCGCAGUACCAAUCAGCAACGUCCGGGGGCUCCCUUGCCUGCGGAAGUCUCCAGUGCUGAACCCUCGCCAGCAGAAAAUAUGCUGAGACCACCGGAAGAUAGUGUUUUGGCUGUUCUGGACGCCGACAGAAAGAAGAUGAAGAAGAUGAGCACCUCAACGAAGGCUGGGGUCCUCGGGGCAUUGUUGGUGAUUGUAAUUGUCAUUAUUGUCAUAGCGGUGACAGCAGGCGGUAAGGGCGACACGCCAGCUUCCGAGCAAGGCUCCGACGGCGGCGAUGAAAUGACGGAUCUGGUUCUAUCGACCAGAGCACCCGUUACAGAUAUCGAAACGCAUAUUUUGAAUCUGCUUCCCGAGGAAACAGCCAAGGAGAUUGCUCUUUCCCAGCUAGAAGUAACUGGAAACGAAACAGUGGCCCCCUCGCCGCCAUCGCAUUCGGUGGAAGCGUUCAAUUGGAUGCUGGAAGACCCAUCCUUGAUCAAGUAUUCGGAUGUUCGUCUGCUGCAACGAUUUUCCCUGGCAACUCUCUACUUUGCGACUAAUGGUGCGGCUUGGGCAAGCAGUGGCCACUGGCUUUCCUUUGAUCAUCAUGAAUGCAAGUGGAGUGAACGAGAGAUUGAGUGCGAUGGUCUGGAAGGCGACGAAGACAACUAUGCUGAUGGUUUGAUCACAGCCGUGAAGCUUGCAAGAAGCAGGCUGGAAGGAUACCUUCCCAUGGAACUUUCCCUGUUGACCAAUGUUGGGUUCGUGGAUUUGUCAGAGAACAAGCUCAAAGGGUCCAUCCCUUCCACCAUUGGAACCAUGAUGAACUUGACGAAGUUUGUUCUGGAUGAAAACCAACUUUCAGGUCCGAUCCCAAGCCAGCUGGGUCUUCUGACCAGGCUCACACAGUUCUCGGCCCAGGAGAAUGCCCUGAAUGGUACUUUGGCAGCUGAACUCGGCAACAUGAUAGACCUUUCUGAACUUGUUUUGUCAGUGAAUAAGAUCAGUGGGGUGUUGCCUCCAUCGAUUGGUGCGCUUACAAAGUUAAAACGCCUAUACGUGGACCAGAAUCUUCUUGUCGGAUCACUUCCCGAAGAAAUGGGCAGUCUCGCAGAGCUGCGAGAUUUGUUUCUGGAUCGAAAUCAACUGGGGAGCACCAUACCUUCUUCUAUUGGGCAGCUGAAAUCCUUGAACCGUUUGUCAUUGCACUCAAAUGCAUUGAGUGGAUCAAUUCCAACGCAAGUUGGAGCUUUCCCCGAGCUGGUGGUUCUGGCAAUGGAGAACAACACGCUUGGAGGGCGUAUCCCCACCGAGCUCAGUACCAUGGGCACAUCGUUGCGAACUAUCACUUUGUUUGCCAAUAUGUUGACGGGCCCUAUCCCAGAUUUGUCUGCCUUUUCAUCUCUGUCAGACCUCAAAUUGAACAUGAACAAGCUCACUUCAACACUACCAACGAGUCUGCAACCAGCGAUCAGGCAUCUUUCCUUGGAUCAGAACUUGCUAACAGGAACUCUCCACACUGAACUUGGUCUGCUUUCGAAUUUGAACGAAUUAUGGAUGUUCCAGAACAGACUCACUGGAACCGUUCCAAGUGAACUGGGUUUGUGCUCAAAGUUGGAUCGGCUGAACGUGGACCAGAACUCUUUGGUGGGGUCGUUACCUGAUGAGAUCAACAACUUGGUCAUGUUGAAAGAGUUCAACAUAUCCAACACCCAAAUUUCUGGGGUGUUUCCGGAUGCUUUCUGUGACAUCCAGUUCAACGAUUUCACUUGCAGCUCAACGAUGUGUGGUUGUGGCGACAGGUGUCCUUGUGAAGGCUAAAAUUUCAUCAUCCAUUGAUAUCCUUUUCCACAGUUAGCUAGGACAUAUGAUAUGAUUUAGUAAUUUGUAGAAUUGCUUUUCACGACAAAUGCAAGCAGAGCUGAGGAGCUACUGGUACGACUGUACAGC